CCACGACAUACACACACACCACACACAAUGCCCGAGAUCCACUCAUGCUAUCGACCGACAGACCGCCCGUGACCCAUUCAUAUAUAUAUGCCAGACACACAGACCCACAAACACACACACACAGACGAAAAGCCACACACAACUGAAAAAUAGCGUUAGUUGCAUGCAUCAUGAAUGCAUCACGGACCACACACGACAUGACACACGAGAAAAAAGGAGAGUCGCUGGCUGCGAGCGAUCCUUCGGCUGAUGCGUGAAGUUACUCGCCUGACGGACGCAAAUACUGUUUGUCAGGCAAUGUACCUGCCUGUCAGUCAGUCUCUGCUGUUGCGUUUGAUCAGUUCAUGCGUUUUUUCCACCUCCUGAUCGACCAAAGAAGAGAGACAUGCACGUAUAUGUAUCUGUAUCUGUAUCUGUGUAUAUAUGUGUGUGUGUGUGUGUGUGUCCUUUGGUGUAUGUGAGCACAUUGCAAACGUUUUGGAAGAGGUGCGUACGUACCUUCUCUAAUGCUACCGUGCGCACACAACACAUCCACACAUCCACGCACACGCGGAGAGAUGGACGUGUGUGCGUAUGUAUGUGUAUAUCUCUGUGUCUGUGUGUGGUCUGUUCGCAGGUGUGUAUGCUCACCGUGCGCCCUUUCUCUAAGCAUCCGAUCGGUGGACUCCCUUAUGAGGCUCUCUGCCUUGCUGGAGCGCCGCUGGCGAACCGCCAAUGGCGACGGCGCCUUACCAAACACAGAGUACACACGCACUUUGUCACCCCUUGGUUUAUUGUCAGCAGUCGUGCUGAGCACUCCACCAACGCCCUCAUCGGGCAGCGAUCCUUCUGCCGACUCGUCGUCAUUAUCGAUCGCGACAUCGCUAUGAUGCUGCUCCUGAUCCUGAUGCUGGUAGUUGUUGUCAGGCGCGGUUGGGUGCACAAUGACGCGUUUACUGUGGUAGUCUAGGCUGUCUUUUCGCUUUGGUGGUGUGGAGGGCUGAUGCACCUCAUCUGAGCUGGUGACGAUCGUUAUGGGAUUGGCGAACUGCGCUUGUUGGUUUGGCGCGAUCUUGGUGCUGGCCCGAUACUUCUUGACGAACUGGGGAUGCGUCGCUGGGUCGUUAAGCUUAGCUGCGACCGCGACGGGGAGCGCGCUUUUGUAGUCCACGUGCAGAGACGUGUAGCGCCUGAAGACACACACACACACACAUAUACAGAUAGAUGGGCCCGCCUGCCUGCUUGCCUGCACCACAAACACGUGUCUACACAUAAAUGGAUACACGCAUACAUACCAGGCGUAGUAAGAGAAGAGUGCCUGCACGCAUCUCUCGGUCCGAUAUUUAAAGCAUACAUACUCUUUGAAGUCGCUGUAACUGACUGUGUCACCCUCGAAAUCCAUCUCUGAAUCACACACACAAUCGUCCGUCAUGUAUGCCACACACAGAUACUUUGAAAACGACGUCUUAUGUGUGAUUGUGUGUGUAUGUAUGAUGCCUGCCUUCCAGUUCAGCAAUGAUGUCUCUCCUCGGUGGCCACCGAUACGUCGCGCUGGCAAUCGAUUGAAUUAUCAGGUCGUAGCUGCACACACGCUCACACACAUGCAUAUGCAAUCUGUGCAUGUACCGGAGGCCACGAAUGAGAUGUGUGGCAACGUACCUCUGCCCGUACACACACACACACACACACACACAGAGAGAGAGAGAGUGAGAGAGAGAGGGAGAGAGAUGGAGGCAUGUGAACAUAUUUGUGUGAGAGGGGGGAGGGCCCUACAUCGACAAUUAUGUUGUUGACUUCGCAUGCCAUCUCUUCGAGUUGGUACUUGGCGGUCUCGUAUUUCUGAUGACCACGAAGAACGAUAGUGGCUUAGUUAUUUCGUACCAAAACAUUCGUCACCUCGAUAAUAAUGGCCACGAAGAAAUUUAGGAGGAUGAACACCACCACUAGUGCGAAGAUGAGGAAAUAGAUGAUGAGCGCCGAGUUGUUUGAUGUGUGGGCGAUCUCCUCUGGCCUGACAACAUAACAGUCGGUUGGCGACAUAUACACAUAUUCACGUAGCCACACACACACACACACACACACAGUGCUGACCUACCAGGAACCGACGAGCAUCUGCAUACAUACAUACAUACAACAUACAUACGAGGCCGCGAAGCGAGAUGCGAAGAAUACAGGGAAACCACUUGUUGGCUCUGUCUCUCUGUCGUUGGACCAUGCAACCGACCUUGAAUUGCGUCAUCAGACUCUCCGAAAUGGUGGAGAACAUAAAGAAGGAUGUCCCAAACUGGAAGUAGCCGAUAAAUGCUGCACGUGUCCAUCCAUGCAAGGAGACAACACACAAUCAAAACUCGUUACCAGGCAGUAUAUCAUAUAUGAACAGUGUUCGUUCGUUGGCUGCUUAGUUUAUAUGUUGGUGUUAGCUUGCCUAGAAUCACGUAGAGCAUCAUGAACGUGAGGAGAAAGUGGAAUAAAUCAUUCCCAGCCAGGAUGCAUGUUCGAACGAGGACGGCUACUCGUGGGUGAGCUGACCUGCAUCAACGAGCGAACGAGUCAGAAGAAAUACACACACACACAAAAGCAACGCAAAGGCGGAACGGCGCUAGCUUGAUGCAUGGUGUUGUGUGCUUGACCGUCUGUCUGUCUGUAAGGCACAUACAUACAUACAUACAUACAUACAUGUAGAAGACAAUCCUUGCGAAGUAGAGGUAGAAGACGAAAGCGACAAUAGAAUUGGAGAUGUAUAAGAUUCGGAUAUGACGCGAUAUGUUUUGGAGAGCCCUGCAUAAGCAGUGACACAUACAUACAUACACGGAAGGAUGGACGUAUGAUGCAUGCGAUGCGAUGUGAUGCGAUGCGAUAUCGCAUCGUGCAUGCCGUCUGUCUCGAUUCUUACUCGAAGAACAUUGCGAAUUUCUCCGAGGGCGGGAUGGUUUCAGAGAUCCAGUCGAUCUGACAGAGACGCAAAGACACAAAGACACCGUGCAGUCCUUCAACAUCCAUGAGUGGACACACAUACAGUACGAAUCACACACGCACUCACGCACCUCGAGAAUACGCGUGAAAUAGCGAUUGAAAUAGUCCUCUCCGGUGAAGGUGAAUCGUCUCAUGAACAUGAAAGCAACAGCCGCUAUGAUAACGAUGCCCAGGAAAAGGUCGACCAGACACCAAAAUUUAGUCAUGCCAAUCCUGUUGGAGAACGUUUUGCUUCCCUUCCUUGUCCGAAUAAACAACCUGCAUUCGUUCAUGCGCUCAUGCAUGCGCACACACGAAUGGGUACAUGCAUGUACUCUUGUACAAACCUACCUAUAGAAGGAAGCCGCCAAUCUCGCAAGGACGAGGAAGCCGACGAGAUAGAUCAGGACUUGGAACAGAAUGUCCUCAACAUCCGCCAUCUACGCAUCUCAUGUACAUGCACAUAAAUAUGUUGCCAGCCAGAGACACGUGGGUGCGGUGCGUCUUUACCGAAUGAACGCUCUCGAGGGUGAAAGACGACUCAAUCUGCUCCUGCUCCACUACAAACACGAUCGUCAUGAGCGUCCCAAUCCGCAAUGUGGGCGUGUAGAAGGCCAAAAUGAUCUUCACUUCCCUGUCACAUACACACAUCCAUGCAGACGGGCAAUCAACCGAUCAAACCACGUGUCAUUCGUUGUUGCCAGCAUUGAUGACCGUGUUUGUAUGUCGAUCCAGUCACGAGUAUAGCGAAUGUCCCCCGCACCCCUCUUGAUGAUCAUCGAGUCGAAAACAUGGAGGAAAUCUGCAAACACGCUUUCCCCCUGGAACAAGGCCGGUCAGGGAAAGACGCAUAUGCAAGCGAACGGAGACUCUUCCUUCAUUCAGCCGUUUAUAUAUAUAUAUGCGCUGCACCCACCAGGAAUUUCUGUGGCUUUACGCCGAAAUGCUCGUCAGUCUCCGUUGCGCCGUAGUCCGUGCAAGCGUAGUUGGUGCUCUUGCCCUUGGCAAUCGACGGGAAGUGGCAGUCGUAUACUGUCGUGCAGCGCUUAGAGAAUUGUCUUGAGAGGUAGUCCUCAAGCCGUCUCGAGAAUGACAGCCCAGGGUCGCUGGAAAAGGGAUACACGUAAUUAACACAUACAAUAUCAUGAUGUCAGUCAGGUACAUGCGUACAUGCGUGCUCUCUCAAUAUUCAUCCAUACCACUUAGAUGUCUUCACACGUGCUUGAGUGAUUACGGCGGGCAUGAUGGACACCUGCAUGUGUUCAUGCAUGAAAUCGCACACACAAUAUGUUAAUCCCGAUAUGUUCAGACCCGCCGUAGUAUACGGUGUGUGUGCUGCGCUUUGGUUUUUCGUUCGUUCUUACAGUGUGCUUUGGGUAUUUGGAUAUUUCGGCUUUGACUUGUGCUUUGGGCGGCUGGCUGCCGGGCAAGGAUGGCACGCUGUGUUCGAAGCCGGUAUAAUAAUCAAGCUGAGCUUCCUGGAGACUACAUAAUGAAUGACCCAGGUACAUACGGACAACCAUUUAUUAUAAACAUGCGCAGAGGUGACAGGCAGCCACAGAAGAAUGAAGCCUGUUGCGUCUCGCAUUUGCUUUGUGUAAUGACAUGCUGCGCUACGCCCACCUCAGGUCGCGGUCAUAGAAUUUGAAGUCGAAUAACUCGCCCGCACUUCUCUGACCACAGAAAGACAGAUUGGGUACAUAUACCUAUCUUUGAGGCUUUCUUCUGUCUUACAAAAACUCCUUCUCGGCCUGCCACUAGACCUCCAACUUCAAUGGUUGCCUCCCUUAUGAAUGCUGCUGCGAGCUGCGAUGGAUCCCCUUGAAGAGAUCGACGCCCGUCCCAUAGGCUCUCUUUCAUAUUCUCGCGCAGAUGGAAGAGUUUCGUCUCACCUUCCGCCUGACUGGAAAAAGUAACAGGGAGCAACCACGAACAAGAAUUCAUAUCGUUUGUGAGCAAUGUACUUGUCUGCUUACGUCAUUGGUGUGAGUGUUCGAAGACUUCGAUUAGGGUUAAGCCAAUCGCCAAUGGCAUACAUAACCUCUUCAGUGGUGAUCUUAUGAAGGCACAUGUCGAACGGUAUGUAAAACUGCAAUGGCACAAGAGAUGUCAGAACGUGUGCAUUGAUCCAAUGGCUUUUCCGCAUAUUUUCCAAUGCGAACCCGGUAAGGGGUUGUAGAGCGGCCGUUGACAUAGAAGGUGAGAUAUUGAAAAUCAGUAAUCGUCACACCAAAGUCUACAAACAACCAGACAGAAGGAGCAGACAUAACGUCCGGCUAAUUGCCUGCUGAGUGCGUGACUGCGGAUCUCUGACGGUGCCAGUCUGCGAAAACUGCGGUGGUACGCAGAGCCUCUGCGUCGGUAGUGAGAGAAAACACGUCCACCGGUACCUUUGAAUGCAGACGCAGAGACAUAGAACUCCACUCGCCUGCCAGACCGGCCGUCCAGUAAGCAAGUACGAUUUUACCGGUACUUUGACCGUAAACCCACGCAAGUAUCCGAGGCCAAGCAUUUCCCUUGUUCGAUGUAUAGAUGGAUACACAGAUAGGACAUGUUGAUGAGGGAGAUACAGGAAGGAAGUUCAUUUACGAGAGUGCAUGCCAUACCAAUCGAUCUCGGAGAAUGCGUAUUCACCGUACUCGACUCCCCAUGGAACUUCGUUUUCGCUAUCGGGCUCGAGAGGGCCAAUACUCCAGCAUGUCUUGUUGUCCUGGACGCACAAGAUGAAUGAACAGAUCAUAUUCCGCACAUUCAUUCAUUGGUCGCAGGACGCAUGUGUGCAUACGCGUAUGAAGCGAAUGACGUGAUGGUCGGAAAAACCCCGGAUCCAGGCUGAUACGGCUUGAGAAACCGGCUGCCGUGUCAGGACGCGUACAACCCAAUCAACAGUGAUCUGAAGGGGAACAGACAGGCAGGCAGCAUUGAGCAGAGCCGCUCGGUCGUGGUCUCCUUACGUUGAGUGUCGGGCCUUCCACCGGGGUUAGAACCGGGUCGUCGAUCCUUCGUGUCUUCGUCGUAUAGUCGCUUGCAUUGCGGCCCAGCAGGGCGGCGCCCGGCUUCCUAAGAAGUUCCUGGUAAUACGUGAACCAACGAUCGGCCAGCUCUUGGCCGUUCUGCAUCGUUUCGAGAGGGACUGUGUCUCCUGACACGCCUAGCAUUUGCCGGAUUGCAGCGAAGUCGAGCUCAGACAGCUCAGACGAGUCCACCUGCAGUGUUUCGUGACACACAGAAGGACAAAAGGACUACAAGCCUAGCGUAUACAUUUGUGCAGGCGGCAAGUAGAUGCCGCCUGACUGAUUCACUCACCCACCGGUGCGAGAAAAGCUUUCAUUUCCUCGUAAUCCCAGUGACUAUCAUUAUUGAAGUCGUACACUUCCCACGCAAUGCUCAUGAAUUGCAGUGAGCACUGUGAACACGUGAUGGGGCACUCGUCAACUGUCACGUUGUCGACGUAGAGACUGCAGCUUGCGUCAUUGCUUCUAUACCUGCAUGCAUAAGUGAUUGAUCGAGUGGUCAAAUCGGUCCACAAUGCUGUGUGCGUUGCUUGGCUGAUUAGCUCCUGACCACUGGCAGUCAUCGAGCAUGAAGUCGUGGUAGCUGGGGUUAUCGUAGCAAGAAUCCAUGAGCGCAAGAAACCUGGCAGUGUCAUUCUCGGUGAGGACCGUAUCCUGCAGAGACCGAGGGCCAACAGGCGUCAUCCUCCUGGCCGAUGGUGCCGUGCUGUUCGCGUCCGCGUGUGUGGCGGCGAGCUCCCCAACGAGGUCGUUUCGCAGUGUCUUGAUGCUUCUGAGAAAGGUUUGCUGCUUCUCCUUCAGUGACUGUGUGACGGUUUCCUCCAGCUCAUCUAGCCUCUGCUCCUGCUCCGCGAUGGUCUCAGCGGUCUCCGCAGUCGAUGCGCCUCCUGCAUUAACGAGGUCGUCCAACGGAGCCCCAACUGCACGCAGCAAAAGAAGGAGACACAAAACACUUUCACUUCCGUGUUCGCUAUGUCUCUCUGUGUGCCCCUACAGCUGAUGAUGUCUUUGAUUUCGUUUUUCGUCAGCUCUCGCGGGAAAUACCUCACAUCAGCCAGCUGACCUGAAAACUGAUCGUCGCCUGCACCGCACCGUACACAUGCCAUGAGCCCCCGCUCGAUCGUUUAUCCCUCUUGUUUGCGACAGUCACCAACGUAGAAGCUUCCCUCGACACAAUCAGUGAGCGUUUGAUGGUAGACAGGCACGGUGAGCCGACCAGGACAGAUUGUCUUUUGAUGUGUUGGGUUAGGCAGGGACUCAAUCAGCUCGCCGUCUACACAGUCAAGAGACAUAUCAGCAAUGUCGAUACGUGUGUGUCGUUUCUCGUCUUGGCACCGUAGUAGAACGACGAUGUGCUGUUGCGCACUAUCUGAAUCGAUCGAUUACAUGCAUGUCGACACAGACAGACAGACAGACAGAGCAGAGUGUGUGUAUGUGUGUAUGGAUGCACUGACGUAUCUCAUCUGUGGGGACAUGUGCGUCGGUGGUGCAUGGAAAGCCUGCCUACCACUGCGUAUAAGUGCCACUCCCCAUCGAUGAUAGUUGCGUUGUGUUUGUCAACAAUAUCUUCUUGCAGAUACCGCGUUUCCGUCGCUCCAGGUCGCGCGGCGGCCGGUGUACGCAGCUCGGCCUCAGUCUCAGCCUCCGCCUGCAUCUGCUUUCUCCUUUCGUCGAAAUUGGGAUCUCUUCCGCGUGGGCAUGCGCCUUCGUCGAUCCCACGCGAGAAGGCCGUGGUCCUCGCCGGCGCCCAUUCAUCUUGCGGAAUGUUUCGAGCUGCUUCCGUCACCUGUGUCGAUCAGAAAUACAGAGCGCACUUGCCUCAGAUGUGUCGCGGUGUAUACAUCAAUUGUAUGUUUGCUGACGAAUGUGCCGACGAGUCUGCCCUCAUGUGAACCUGUGGCCAAGCCACAUCGACCGACCGAUGUUACACGGCAGUGAAUCUACGCAUGUGUGCGCACCGUAUGUGACGCCGUCAACGCCAAUUCGCCAGCACGUACUGCCCAGACCAGCUAUGUUUCGAUCCAUUCGCUUCUCGAUGAUGUUGAAGCUGGGCGAUGUCGUCUGGACGGACAAACCGAUCGCAAACACAGGCACACACACACUCGCGAUACAUGUUUCCGUGUAUAUAUAGAAGCUGACCUUGACCCAUGCAGUCACGGUGAAGGUCUCAAACAGCUGUAUGUGCGUGCGUCCAUGCAACCCAACAAACCAUAAAUAACAGGGGCACGAAUCUCUUGGUGUGUGUCGUUUCGUCGUUUUGUGUGGCUGGCUCUCCUGUGUGGACUGACUUGCAGAGGGUAGUUUUGGAGAUUACGAGCCGGCGGGAAGGAAGCGGAUAAGGGCAGGGCGUUGAGCUGAGUGGUUGCGUCGUGGAUGAAGAAUUGCUUUGACGAGGGGAUGUAGGUCUGCUCCGUCUUGGACAGAUUGGCUAUGAACCCCCAUAUCGAAUCCACCGUGCGCACGUCAGCUACAUCCUGAAAAGGCGGACAGACAGACAGACAGACACGCAGGGGCACAGAAGCUGAGCCGCUCAUCCAAGUGUCGUUGCAGCCUCUUUCACGCUUUCACGUUCGUACGUCGAGAUGGAAAGAGUUUCUGAGCGAUUUAUGCACUCUGUAGACGUGAUCCGUGCCGCUCUGUAGACACAUGCUCGAUCAUCAUAGAGACAGUCAGUCAAGCAGUGGGAUGUUUUUUUAUCUCUGCGCUCACCGAGAUGUAUACGGCGAACAUGAACAGAAAUACUACGAGUGAGAGAAACAAACAUGCGCACUCUUGCUGGGCCAUGUUCUCUUCCAUCGUAAGCCUAGACAGAGACAUUCACCCCACCAUGCAACAGUAUGUAAGCGUGGGUGUGUGUAUGGACUCACUCACGCACCUUUGUAUGAAGGCCUCUCUGCGCAGUGGGACACUGAGAAAGCCCUCUGCCGCCUUGUCGCCCAGGGCAAUGGCCAAACUCUGCUUGAUGCUGGAUAUGCCUUUCCGGCUCCCAGACUCAUCCCCAGACCUCUUCGAACGCUGGCCCGCAGACCUUAAUCGUUUGAAACACACACAUAAGCAACAAAGACGGUCACCAUGCAAGCGAAUCAAUGCUGCCUGCAUGUCCUGCGUGCGUGCGUGUGCUCUAGCGACAUGCGUGCACGAGGCGUGCAUGGCUCCCUUACUUUUUGUCGAGUUCUUGUGUUCCCUGCCGGUCUGGCGAAAGAAAUACCGCGUCCCUCCAACGAUCGUGAGGCGGGAUCUCUUGGAGUGGAGGAGAGGCGCUGUCGGAUGUGGUGGACGCCAUACUCUUCAAAUGCCAACGAACUCUGCUCGCGCGGGAGAGAAGAACUGG